UCAGCGGCGCUGUUGCCUUGUACGAGCGCAGUCACGACAGGCGACGACGGCGAGGGCCUACGUUUUGAUCCUUUUUCUUAUUAUUUUUUUCUUCUUCGUUUUCUGCGGGUUUUUCGUCGCGUUCAAUUGACGUCAGUGGACAAGCGACGCACUUUAGUGUUUUCACCGUGGAAGCACGGCACGAAGCGGCGUCGUUCGCCUCGCUAGCCGCGUCAGACGCCGAGCGUGAGCGACUGGGCGGCCGCCGUCCUCGGCGGCCUCUAUGCGCGCUCUUCAGCCGCCCGGCACCGCGUGGACUUUGUGAAGAGGCAGAUGACGGUUUCCCCACAUGGACAGUGCGGCCUGUUCCGUGAGCCAAAGGGGGGUGCAGGACCCUCGACAUGGCUGCAGGUGGUCCGGAGCACAAGGAGGAAACCCUGCAGACGGCCUUUAAGAAGCUGCGAGUGGAUGCCAACAAGGCGCUCGUGGCAGCCGGCGUGCCUGAAACUCCUCGAGUGGUGUCCGUGGCCAAACACGGUGGUGCGUCCAAGGACAACUGGCAUGGCUGUGCAAGGAAAGCGUCGCGGGGAGCCAGUAGGACGCCGCGGCGGCGGCGCUCCGAGUCACCCAUUCUGCACCCCCCAAGAUUCACCUACUCUGUCACGACAACGCCUGCGGGAGGCCUCAAACAGCGCACCAAGCUCGGCCCCACCUCCCCCGUCAGCUUCAGCGGGGCCACUUCUCGACCCCCCAGUGCAGCCAUUCUCCCUUCUGAGCUUGCGGAGAAGGACCGGCACGGCUCAGGAAGCGCCCGGGAAAAGGACGACACCCACGCGUCUGACUUUGGACUUUUGUCCAAGCGGCGCGUCGACGGUGGCCUGUGUGCGUGCUUGCCUGCAGGCGACGGCCUGAAGGCUCGGGAGGAAGUGAGCGACGGCACCGCCCCGUGUCGCUGCACAUCCGAAGCGGGCGCUUGGGGUGCUGUACGUGCAUACUCCUUCACGGGACUGCGUGACGUCAUCUCGGAUUGCGAGCAGCGCAGCGGAGCCCCGGCCCUCCGGAGCACUGGCCCCACCCUCUCCCCGGCCUCCCCUCGCACGUGUUCUUCGCAGGCGCUGGUCUCGGUUGAUGACGUCACCAUGGAGGACCUGGCCGGUUAUGUGGAGUUCUACCUCUACAUCCCCAGGAAGAUGUCGCACAUGGCCGAGAUGAUGUACACAUGAGCGUGCACCCGCGUGCCAACGUGACCUGUCUGAUGAUGUUUGCGCACUCAUCCUGCUUCAAUAAAGUUCAGCGUUUGGAA